AUGUCGUCAGCUUCUAUGUUUACCAGUUCUUCUGGCAAUUGUGACUCUUUGAGCGCAAAGGUACGAAUUGGUGUGUUGGCUUUGCAAGGAGCCUUCAUUGAGCAUAUUAACAUCCUGAAUUCUUUUGAUCAUGUCUUUUCCUUCCCUGUAAAGACUGGUGCCGACUGUGAAAACAUCGACGGUCUAGUUUUGCCAGGUGGUGAGUCUACCACCAUGGGGAGGCUCAUUGGCAUUGACACUGAUUUGAAGGAAAACCUGGAAAGCCUAGUAGCCAGGGGUGUUCCUAUGUGGGGUACUUGUGCUGGAAUGAUUCUCCUUUCCAAAAAGUCUCAUGGCGGGAAAUUCCCGGAUCCUUACUUGUUACGAGCAAUGGAUAUUGAGGUAACCAGGAAUUACUUUGGUCCUCAAACCAUGUCGUUUACUACCACCAUUCACCCCACCGAUUUUAUGAAGUUCGAAACCACAAAGCGAAUGGAAGCCUUUGAUGCAACCUUCAUCCGUGCUCCCAUUGCUUCGUCCAUCGGUAGCGAGGAUGUUCGUGUUUUGGCAACCACGGUGCACGAGGAAAACGAGGUCAUUGUCGCCGUUGAACAGGGUCCUUUUUUGGGAACUUCCUUUCAUCCCGAGUUAACUGUGGAUGAUAGUUGGCACAAGUGGUGGGUGAACGAACGUGUCCUUCCUACCAAGAAAUAA